AUGGGUACCCCUGAAACAUCCCGAGAGCCCUGCCCUGACCGAAUCUUGGACGACGUGGGUGGUGCCUUUGGCAUGGGCGCAGUUGGUGGAGCCGCUUUCCACUUCCUCAAAGGUAUCUACAACUCCCCAAAGGGCGAGCGCCUAGCUGGCGGCUCCCAGGCUGUGCGAAUGAACGCCCCACGCGUAGGUGGCAGCUUUGCCGUGUGGGGAGGCCUCUUCUCCACGUUCGACUGCAGCAUGGUGUAUCUUCGGCAGAAAGAGGACCCUUGGAACUCCAUCAUAGCCGGAGCAGCCACAGGUGGCUUCCUCCAAAUGAGGCAAGGCCUUGGGGCCGCCUCAAGGUCGGCUGUCUUUGGUGGUGUGCUUUUGGCCUUGAUUGAAGGUGCUGGGAUCAUGCUUAAUAAGAUUAUGAGUGCCCCACAGAAUCUGCCGCCUAUGGAAGAGCCUGUGCCUGCUGGGCUCCCGUCCAUGGGGCAGAUUCCGGGUCAGGGCUCGGUGAGUGUUGAGAGUGCACCUUCUUCGGCCACGUCAUCAUCUUCGUCGUGGUUUGGGGGAUUUUUUGGUGGUGGGAAGGAGGAGGUGACAGUGGGUGAUAGUAGCAAGACGAAUGUUCUUGAGAGCUUUGAUGCGCCUGCCCCACCGUCGUUCGAGUACAAAUGA